AUGACUGAUCUCCAUGAAGACUUUGGCCCAACGUUAUGGGUGGUCAACACAGUCUUCAUUGUGCUGGCCACCAUGGCCGUCAUGGCUCGUUUUGGGGCUCGACAGUUGAAAAAGUUACCCCUAGGUGCAGAUGAUUGGAUCAUUUGUGUUGCAUUGUUCUGGGACUGGUUAUUAUAUGGAAUUUUUAUAGGAUGUGAGUGCUUCCAUGGGCUUAUCACCUCUACAGAUACUAAACUUACCUUCACUCCAGGCCGAAUCAAUGGCCUUGGCAAACACCGAGACACUCUCCCACCAGAGAACAUCGCCAUAUUCUCCGAGCUUCUAUACUUCUUUCAAAUUUUCUAUGUGUUGGGGCCUCCGACUGUAAAGCUAUCCCUGUUAUUUUUAUACAGACGCAUCUUUGAGCACACCCGCUUCUUGCGCAUGGUGUAUGGCAUGAUGGCAUUGAUGAUUGUGUGGGCGAUUAUCAUGACUUUCCUCGCCAUUUUCAACUGCAAACCAAUUAGCGCAUUCUGGACGAUGGAAGGUACCUGUCUUGACUUCAAGCAGUUUGCUAUCGGAUAUGCGAUUGUCAACAUCAUCACCGACUUCACCAUCUGGUUGAUGCCUAUUCCCAGUGUGUGGAAGAUACAGCUUCCGAAGCCACAGAAGAUAGCUCUCUGUCUCAUCUUCGUUUUGGGCCUCUUUGAUUGCGCGGCCGCUAUGGCGCGCCUUCUUCUCUCCAUGCUCGUCUUGGGUGACUACGACUCCACAUGGCUAUAUGCAAAGGGAUACAUGUGGUCUAUCAUUGAAGUAUCAACCGGCAUUGUCUGUACUUGCUUGCCGACCAUGCGAGUGAUCCUGAAAACAGCUUUCGGCGGCAAAUUUGCAAAGUUCUUACACAUGUCCAGUGGGAAGGCCAGUCAUCCGCGGUCGAACAAUACUCCGUGGUCUAAAACAAAUGAGUAUUAUAAUGAUAUCGGGGAGGACAGAGCGACGAACGUCUCUUCCGGUCGCACGGAUAAGCUGUCAGGCUCGGAUGAUCCAGAGUGGGAUGCCAGCUCACAGCAAAUUCUAGUGACUCAGGAAGUGAACGUUGAGCUUCAGCCAGUAGUCAAAAGGAUAUAG